AUGAAGAGCAGCACGCUCCUGGUGAUCCUGUGCCUGCAGGCCGCUCUGGUCAUGGGGAUCUUCGCCGCUGUGGCUAAAGAAAAUGCCGUGGGCGAGAGCAAGGCCAUCAACAUCAACCCGGGGCAGCUCAAGUGCUGCACCAACUGCAACUUCUCCUUCUCGGGGCUCUACACCUGCGACGACGUCAACAAGGACUGCGAUCCCGUCUGCAAGAAGUGCGUCGCCGUGCAGACCUACUCGGGCAAGAUGUCGUUCAAGUGCACCGACACCUUCCUCGGCAUGUGCGGCCCCAAGUGCUAG